AAUUAUACUUUCUCUUACUUUGUUUUGUUACUUUACUCUCUUUUUCUAUUAAUGUACAUAAUAUAAUCGAUAUAUACAUAAUAUUCUAUGUAUAUAUUGAUUUUUUUUUUUUUUUAUAUGUUUAGAAAGUUAGAUUUUUUGUAAUAUUGGAAAGAUAGUUGUGUAUUUAUGUAAUUUUUUUUUUUUUUUGGAAAAAUGUCUCUCCUCUCUCCAAAGUUUCCCUCCAAAUCCACAGUACCCCUACCUUUUUCCCUCUCUAAUCUAUUCAACCCUACCCUAACCCCAUUGGAGAUUAGCCCACAAUUAUCUCCUCCCAGAAAAACAUACUGUAAAUUUCUCUGCUUAUGCCUUUUCAAUAGUUUCAGUGCUGCAUUGUUCAUUUUGUGUUUAAGAUCUUGUUAACUUCGUCUGCUAGACCAAUCUUUUGACUGCUCUACUUGGUUAAGUGUAGAUACAUGUUGUGGCAAGGAAGCGAAGCUGUCAUUUAAGUACUGUCGUCAUCUGGGGUUUCGAUUGCUGAUAACUAUUCUGGACAGGACUGUUUGUGCUCGUAUAUGUUUUUAGUAGAGUUCUCUUUGUAUUGUUGCUCAAAAAAUCUAUCUUAUGACGACUUCAUAGACAAGGGAUCUGAGUAGAUCAUCUUCCUUUAGUUAUUCUCUUGAAAGUUUCCCUCUUUUUUCUUUUACCUUUACCCUUUUUGUGGUUGUGGGGGUAUUGGAAGGUUUCUCUCGAAACCUGAACCUGAAGAUGGAAAUAGAAAAAUCACAACCUUAUGGUCAAGGAGGAGCGGAGGCAAUAUUAAAUGUUCAACCCAACACAUCAAUCUCUAUUGCUUAUCACCAUCUUUUUGGUCCUCAUGAUGAUUUAAUGCUUCUCGAGCUAGAUGAGAAGCUCCUGCCUGAUAUCCUCAAUCAAAGAGUAACAUUAAGAGGGCAGCCACAUGAGGAUGCAGUUCUCUGUAGUCAGUCAAAGACUUAUGCUGUUAAAUUUGUCGGAACUUCUAAUUCUGUGUUCCUUAUACCUCCUUCCAACCUAUCUAUUGCACUUGGAGCUUCACCUAACCCAAGUGAAAAGGAUCAUGACAAUUCAGUGGUUGCUUCUGUCAUCAAAGUGGUACCUGGCAGUAUGGAACUUGUCGAGGUUGCUCCUAGAUUGGACAAGCUCAAAUUGCUUCUCUCAGAAAACCCUUAUGGUUUUGACGAAGUGUCACAAAUGAAUACCGAAUUGAUGCACAAAAACAAGGGCUUGUAUUCAUGGAGUGACCUUGUUGAGAAGGUGCAAGCCAGUGAUGGGGAACUGUGCGCAGGGUUGCGAGCUCUUUCAGCAGUAGAGAUUGAUGGAUAUUGGCGACUUUUAGAUGAGAACUUUGUGGAUGAGAUUCUGAACAUGCUGGUGCAUAAUGUAGUGCUGAAUGACUGGCUUGUAAGUGCUCUGAACGAAGAUGAAGUUUUGCAUGUGCUGGAAGCUGAUGGAUUUCCUCGCAAAAUAGUAAGGCACUGUUUGGAAGUUUAUGGAAGUAAGGUGAAUGAUGAGACUACAGGAGGCUGUACAUGGAGGUUAGAAGAGAGGCCAGUUUGUGUGCAUUUCGCUAGAGUAGUCCUAAGAGGGAAAAAAAUGAAACUUGAAAGGUUUAUGGAGGAGUGGAGAAAGAAAGUUCCAGAAGGGAUGAAUGCAAGUUUUGAUGUGCUAGAAGGAGAAGUCUUAACCGAAAAGCUCGGGAUAGAGAUUCGUAUUUAUGCUUUUAGUGUUUCGUCACUGCCAUCUGUGCCUGCUGAACGGUUUUCCAAACUAUUCCAGGAGAAGCCAAAGUGGGAAUGGAAAGAACUGCAGCCAUUUGUCAGGGAUCUGAAGGUACCAGGACUUUCUUCAGAAGGUUUACUACUCAAGUACACAAGAAGAACUCAACCAAGUGCGGAUGCUGAACCAAUUUUCAGUGCAAGAUAAUCUUUGUGCAGUCAUUUCCCCUACACGUUCCACAAAUUUGGAUGGCUUACUAGACUUGUAAAGAGGAAUGAGAUCAUGUAAUGUAAACUUGAUUCUGGAAUUUGUUAUCCAGUCUAGUGGUCCAACCCUCACCAAGACACUGUGUAUACUGUGUGAGCUUAGUGCACCAGGCUGCCUUUACUUUAUCGCGCAUGUAGUCUAUUUACCUGAAACGGCAAGAACUAUACCAGGGAGAAGAAACUUUGAGUUGCAUCUUGUGUUUUGGGGCUUA